AUGGAUAAUACUAUGUUUAGUCUCAUGGCAAAUGAAGAAUAUUUAUCAGACCGUAGGUGUAUUUGGGUCAACGGUCCGGUUAUCGUAGGAGCCGGUCCAUCCGGUUUAGCAACAGCAGCUUGUCUUCGUGAUCAAGGAGUCCCAUUCGUUGUAGUCGAAAGAUCAGACUGCAUAGCAUCACUAUGGCAAAAACGUACUUACGACAGACUCAAGCUUCACUUACCCAAAAAAUUCUGUCAAUUACCCAAAAUGCCCUUCCCUGAUCACUACCCUGAAUACCCAACAAAACGACAGUUCAUCGACUACCUUGAGUCCUACGCAAGUCAUUUCAAGAUUAAACCGGAGUUUAAUAAAUCCGUAAAGUCUGCUCGGUUUGAUGAAACCAACGGGUUAUGGCGAGUUAGGAUGGCCUCAACGACAGAUGCUGGAGAGGAGACGGAGUAUAUUUGCCGGUGGUUGGUGGUGGCGACGGGAGAAAACGCCGAGCAAGUUGUGCCGGAGAUUAAUGGGCUUAAGAAUGAGUUUAAUGGAGAAGUGAUUCACGCUUGUGAGUAUAAGUCAGGCGAGAAGUUUAGAGGGAAGAGAGUUCUUGUCGUGGGAUGUGGAAACUCAGGCAUGGAAGUGUCUCUUGAUCUUGCUAAUCACAAUGCUAUUACUUCCAUGGUCGUUAGAAGCUCGGUUCAUGUGUUACCAAGAGAAGUUAUGGGAAAAUCAACAUUCGGAAUAUCAGUGAUGUUAAUGAAGUGGCUACCUCUAUGGCUCGUAGACAAGCUUUUACUGAUCGUAUCAUGGCUAGUUCUAGGAAGCUUAUCAAAAUACGGGCUUAAGAGGCCCAAUAUAGGCCCAAUGGAACUUAAAAGCAAGACGGGAAAGACGCCGGUUCUCGACAUUGGUGCACUCGAGAAGAUAAAGUCCGGCGACGUAGAUAUCGUCCCUGCGAUCAAACGGUUCUCACGAAGCCACGUGGAGCUCGUAGAUGGUCAGAAGCUAGAUAUUGAUGCCGUGGUUCUCGCCACCGGUUAUCGUAGCAACGUCCCUUCUUGGCUUCAAGAAAGUGAGUUCUUUGCAAAGAAUGGGUUCCCUAAAUCGCCGUUUCCAAACGCGUGGAAAGGGAAGUCGGGUUUAUAUGCGGCUGGAUUCACUAGGAAAGGGUUGGCUGGAGCUUCUGCAGAUGCUGUUAACAUAGCUCAAGAUAUUGGUAAGGUGUGGAGAGAAGAGACUAAAAGACAGAAGAUGAGAAGAAAUGUAGGUCACCGCAGAUGCAUCUCGGUUGCUUGAGUCUCAAGUUACUAUGUUUGUUUGUAAAAAGAAUUACUAAAAAUGUAAGAUAGAGUCAAGAGAGCCAUCUCCUAAAGUCCCUGACAGUGUUUUGUAAAUUAUACAGCUGUAUGGGACGUUUUGUAAAAUUAGGAUGACAUGGCUUUCAUACAUAUAUACUUCAUUUUUGUAACGCAAUGUUCUAAAAUUAAUGUAAUCG